CCUGUGCCCGGCACCAUGAAGCAGGAGUCCACAGCCCAGAACACCCCUCCCGCCUCGCCGCCCACUUCGUCACCGGUGCAGCACCCCCGGGAUGACGGUGACCCUCAAGCCCUGUGGAUUUUCGGGUACGGCUCUCUCGUGUGGAGGCCCGACUUCGCCUACAGUGACAGCCGUGUGGGUUUCGUGCGCGGCUAUAGCCGCCGCUUCUGGCAGGGAGACACCUUCCAUCGGGGCAGCGACAAGAUGCCUGGCCGUGUGGUGACCCUACUUGAAGAUCAUGAGGGCUGCACUUGGGGUGUGGCAUACCAGGUUCAAGGUGAGCAGGUGAGCGAGGCCCUGAAGUACCUGAACGUGCGGGAGGCAGUGCUUGGUGGCUAUGAUACCAAGGAAGUCACCUUCUACCCCCAAGAUAACCCUGACCAACCACUCAAGGCAUUGGCUUAUGUGGCCACCCCACAAAAUCCUGGUUACCUGGGCCCUGCGCCUGAAGAGGCCAUUGCAACUCAGAUCCUGGCCUGUCGCGGCUUCUCUGGUCACAACCUCGAGUACUUGCUACGCCUGGCAGACUUCAUGCAGCUCUGUGGGCCCCAGGCACAGGAUGAGCACCUGGCAGCCAUCGUGGACGCUGUGGGCACCAUGCUGCCCUGUUUCUGCCCCACUGAGCAGGCUUUGGCACUGGUCUGA